AUGGAGCUGUACUGCUACCAGUGUGGACGCAAGCGCGUCUUCAACAGCCUGAGCGCGAUAACAGAUCACUGCAAAAGCAAAGAGGGCCAUGCUUGUGCGCAAGAAUGCAAGCCCUGCAAGCGACUCUUCGUCAAACAGAUCUUCCUAGACCAGCACGUCAGCGCUGUGCACCAAUGGAAGUGCAUCCCAUGCGAUCUCUUCUAUGCCGACGAGGCCAAGUUGGCGGCGCACCACGACUCCACGCACAACUACCCGUGUGUCUCGUGCCCCGGCCAGAGGUUCCCUUCAGCAGAUGCCCUCGACAUGCAUAACCGCGCGAGCCACGCCCACCGCUGCGCCGCCUGCAAGAUGGACUUCUACACGGAGAAGUCCAUCGCCGACCACGUGGCCCGCGUCCACGGCUUCAAGUGCGGCCAGUGCCGGUCCAAGACGUUCUACGCGGUGGCCGCGCUGCAGGCCCACGUCCAGGCCCUCCACGGCUCGAGGUGCGAGAAGUGCAGCCUGGGCUUCCGCACGGCGGAGCUCCUCGCGCAGCACGAGGAGACGUCGCACCAGCUCCUCCCUUGCGGCUGGUGCCCGGCUGUCUUCGACUGCGGCGCGGCCCGCGAGGCGCACGUGGCGGCUGUUCACUUCCAGACGGGGAGGAGAAGCGUUGCUGUAAGGAGUGUUCUGUCGCCGAUGAUGAUGUUGAAGAUUGAUCGGGGGGUGCUGAGAGAUCUGCGGGCGGCGGCGGCGGCGGCUGCUGCUGCUACUGCGGCUUCUGGUAGGUAG